AUGUCUUCUCAUCGCGUAUUUUCUACAUCACCCACUCGCUCUCAAAUCAAGCGUCAUCUCGCAUGUCGCUUUUUUGCCAAAGUUGGCGAGGAAGAAGCCGAAAAGGAUUUUGUGUAUUUCACUUGGAAUUUGUAUGCUGCGGCAUCGGUUGAAACACAACUAUCAUGUGGAAAACAUCAUCUUCCUAUUCUUGGAGCCCUCGUUAUCAAUCACAAACGCGCCAAAGUGAUGAGAAUGCGAUUCGUUUGCCGCCGAUGCACCGAGGAAAACGACCCGCUGCAUGCAUUCUGCGAGCAAUGCCUUUUCGAAAAGAAGCUUUGCUCGAAAUAUCCGUUUGAAUUCCUGAGAGCAGUGGAGAAUGGAUUCGAUGAGGAGAAGAUCCCAACUCCGUUAUACGAGUACUACAAAACGCUCAUGCCGCCACCAUCGCCGACUCGAACAAUUUGCCGCGAGCCACCAAUCGACUUCUGA